UGUGUACUUUGUUUAUUUAUACAUCUAGAAGGACUUCUUCAUAUAGAAUAACUUUGAGUUUAGUCUGAUGUUAAUAUAAUUGGACAAAUUAUCAGUGUAAAACGUUCGUCUCGUUAUGGGUCCUAAAAGAAGGGAUACCAGGAAAAGGACACGUGGUCCAGAACUAGAUCCUAAUAAUCCGAAUAAUUGGACAUCAACAGAGCUGAAAGAGAAAUUAGCUUUGCUAGGGAUUAAAAUAUCCGAAAACUUCACUAAUAAACAAUUGAAGCGUAUUUUCUUGGAUAAUAAAAAAAGUAGUCCGGAAAGUUCUGACAAUGGAAAUACUGAAAUUAACAACAUCAGUGCUACUGUAAAUACGUCUUUAUCACCAAAUUUUGAAGAUGAUGUUAUUCUAUCACCUACAAAUACUCAAAAUGCCGAAUUUUCUAGCUUAAUUCCGAUAGCAUCUACAUCGCGGAUGAAUACAGUGGAACCCACGCCUUUACCAGCAGUAGGUGCUGCUGCGCAUCAAAACCACGCAUUUCCGCCCAGGACUGAUCUCAACACGCUUGACUAUGCUCUUGUUAACAACACUUUGCAAUUAUGUCAGCAAGUUAUUGCCGGUGUUCCAAAACAGACUAAUAAUAAUAAAUUCAACUUGCAUUCCGCCAUGAACUUUAACCCCGGGCCUGGAUCAACUUUACCCGUUAAUCAAAACACUUUUGGUGUUCAAAACCCUACGUUGGGAGAAUUUACACAAACAAACCCCAAUCAGAUGAAUUUUCCGAACAGUUUUGCAUCACAAGUUCCUAUCUUUUCAAUGCAAAACCAACACAUGCAAAUGACAAAACAUGGAUAUCCUGCCACAGCAUUUUCUGGAGUUGAUAUGGUUUCUCCAGAGAUUCGCACCAAAAUAAUCUCAGAUGAACAAAUUUCAUCAGUUAGCACCAGAGGCAGAGAAAGCAGCAACUCCUUGUCCAACCCUGGAAGAGAUUAUUUGGACAUCGCAGUAGAAAAUUUACAAACUUUCGCUGUUGCAGAUUCAACUAAAGCUUUGUACAACGUGGGAUAUGAACAUUAUCUUAAGUUCUUACAAUUACAAGGAUCAACUUGGUCAACUUUCCAGUUACCACCAGUUUCUGAGAACUUGUUGAUGCGUUUCAUAGCCUAUUGCGAAUCUAAUAAACAUCUGAGAUAUUCCACCAUUAAAUCCUACCUAUGUGGUAUACGUUUCUAUUACUUACUUAAAGGGGGUGUUAAUCCAUUAGAGAAUUUUGUUGGUAAACCAUUGCCAAAAUUAAAAUCAGUAUUAGUAGGUUUGAAAAAGAAACAUGCCAUUAUGCCUAAGAGAAUUCGUUUACCCAUAACAUUUGAUAUUUUAUACAAAAUGUGUUUUUUACUACGCAAUUGUAUUUUUGAUAGUUAUACAGAUGUUUUAAUAGAAGCUGCAUGUGUAACAGCUUUUUUCGGGUUUUUAAGAUGUGGUGAAUUUUCUGUUAAUGAUACCAAAAAAUUUGAUCAUGAAUCAAAUUUGUGUCUGAGUGAUGUUCAAAUAACAAAUGAUUGUAUUUUUGUGCAUCUUAAGAAAUCUAAGACUGAUCCUUUUAGGUAUGGUAUUACUAUUCCUUUGUUCAAAAACAAUACAGAUUUAUGUCCUGUAGUAGUACUUCAAAAAUACUAUAGACUCAGAAUGAGUAUUUUUAGCAAUUCUGAGUCCUUUUUUAUUACUAAUAAAGGUGAUCCAUUGUCAAGAAAUUUUUUCAUUUCUCAUGUUAAAUGUACAUUAGACAAAUUAGGAUUAUCCAGCGAAAAGUAUAAUGGUCAUUCAUUCAGAAGUGGUGCUGCAACUACUGCACACAAAGCACGACUGGAAGAUCAUCUUAUUCAAACUUUGGGACGAUGGUCCUCAGAUUGUUAUACCAAAUAUAUUCAUACCUCUCCAGAUGUACUUAGACAAGCUCAAAUUCAAAUGACCUCUACUUUGAACAAUUAAAAUUUGUACUGACAGCAAGGAGUGAAUUGAUUUUUAUCCUUCUCAUUAUUUCAACUUGGGGCUACAGCUGCAAGCAUCUGUAUUUGGCUAUUUCGAUACAAAAUUUUUAGUCAAUCUAUGAAAAAUUAUCUCAAUUCCAAGUUUCAAGAUUUAGUUAGAGUUAUCUCCCUUUGCAUAUGGAGAUAGAACAUUAUACAUUAUUGGUUUUUAAUUGCAGUUGUAUAAGUCCCCAGUUGCCAUAUUGUAAAUAAAUGCAUAUACUUUUAGAUUCUUGAAUAAAUAAUAGUUUAGUA